AAUUCUUUGCCUUCAUCAGAAGCCUCAGAUGCUAGUUAACUGCUGGAGGCUGAAUAUGUGACUAAAUAGACCCAUGGUGUGAUUUAGCAGGGCAAAUCCUAGGUUCUUAUCUACAUCUGUGCCUCCACUUACAGCUGGCUGCAGUGCCUUGUAUUUCCAAUGGCUUCCCCCAUCUCAGCAUCUUCUUUGCUCUCUUUUCAGAAUUAUACACACUGCAGGUGCAUCUCUGCAAACGGGGCUGAAGGAUCCGCCUCCCCUGGGACCUGUGGCACAAAUUGCUUCCACCUCCUCUUACCCUUUGUUGUACUUUGCUGCCUGGCUGGAAUCCUGGCAAGCACGUCGCACACACCAUCCUUCAUGCUCAUCCUGAGGAGCGUUCAGCCUGAGGAUAAGUCAUUUGCUAUUGGGAUACAGUUCCUGCUGCUGAGAAUUUUAGCCUGGAUGCCAGGACCGGUGCUUUAUGGCAGUGCCAUCGACACAACCUGCAUCCUGUGGGAAAAGAAGUGCAAGAAGAACGCAGCUUGCAGAUACUACGACAACGAUCUCUUCAGACAAAGAUUCCUUGGGCUCCAGUUUUUCUUUGAAGUGGGAGCUUUUCUGUGCUUCGUGGCUGUGUUCAUCAUUCUCAGACGACAAGAGAGGGAAACCAGGAAUGCCGCAGAGCCAAAGACAAUCCCAGAGAAAGAGAAGCUGGCAGAAAAGUCAAGCAAAAACCUAGACUUCAAAGUCUAACUCAGAGAACGUGAAUCACAUUCCAUAUCUGCUGCCCAGGGAAGCACACGGAUUGCAUUUUACUGUUACUGUGAAGGAUGGAUGCUUGGGAUGAGACUGAACAGGAGAUAAGCUUAUUUAUUUCCUGUCUUUAUCUUUGACAGCUACAGCUUUUGUUCUUUCGUCUUCUUUUUUUAUCUGCUAGUUUACAUCUACCCAUGCUUGAGUGGUGCCUCGUGAGCUUGUUUGAUUGAGUUAAUCCCUUUGGACAUUGCAGCCUUAUAGAGUUAUAUCUUCCUAAGCAUUCAUUCAGCUGGCAAUCUGGAUGAUGCCAGCACUCUAAGCACUAAUACCUACAGCUGAAUUGUUUUUAUAAAGGUUUUUGUACAGUACACAAAUGUCUCUAUGUAUCCAAGUACAGUAUUCUGUACUUGGCCAUAAACACCAAUUAUCACA